AUGGGGUUCUUCAAGAAAUUCUUCAAUUUCCCCCAGAAGACCGUAGAGUGCAAUGUGUCAAUCGACUUGACCACUAGCAGCUAUUUCCCAAGACGUCUCUUCCACUCUUCCCGCAAAGCCCCACGAGCCCAGAACAUCCCCAUUGAAAUCGUCCUCAACAUCCUUGAGGCCGCCUAUUACGACGACGACCUCAACCCGAACACAGAUCUCCUCAAGAACUGUGCUCUCGUAUGCCACGCCUGGUCCAUCCACGCCCAAAAACUCCUCUUCCGCCAAGUCUCCCUUCGCACCCAGCCUGCCUUCACGGAGUUCACUCGCGCCAUCGACUCGACUUCACCCAGGGGCCAGUUGCUCGCCAACUCAGUACUCCGUAUGCGUCUCGUUCUGGACCAUAACCAGCCCAACGGCCUCUCCCAGUCCUCCCUCGCUCACGCUGUCACCCAUUGCCCUAACCUCUAUGAGCUCACCCUCUCCCUGUAUGGCUGUGCCGACCCGGGUCAAGAUAUUGUCGGCAGCCCAGCGGCUGAACGGAUGCGCCGUCCGGCACCUUCCUUCGACGCCUCCACCCUCGAAUUGCUCAGAACCGGGCCCCGCAUCUCCGCCCUGCACUUCACGAACUGGUCCGAGAACGAACAGACGCUCGCGCAGCUGCUCGAAGUGUGGUCCUCACUCCGCUCACUCACCAUUACGGGCAAGGCCCCCGCGCGGCCCUCCGCGGACGCGCCACCGGUCGCCUGCGCGUUCGAGGAGCUCAGGAUCAACUGCCAGAAGGAGCCGUCGCUCGACACGCUCACGUGGCUCCUCCAGCGCUCCGCGGACGUGGGCACUCUGCGCUCGCUCGAGUUCGAGCGCGAGCCGUCGGCCGCGGUGCUCUCGCAUCUUGUGGACAAUCACGCGGAGACGCUGCAGGCGCUCGCGCUGCCUACGUGCACGACCGCUGAGCAGGCUGAGGCGAUCGCCCGGUGCGAGGAGCUCAAGGAGCUCAGAACGGAGGGCGCGGCGGUGCCCGCGGCGGUGUACCGUCAGUUACCUGAAGGGAUCCAACAUCUGUCGUUUGGGCUCGACGCGGACACAGCAUUGCAGCCCGUCAUCGACGCUGUCAAGCUGUGCGAGGAGCUCACCACUGUAACCGUACAUGUGUGGAGCAGCGGGGAGAAGCAUUCGCUGCUGAAUCCGCUGAAGAUGGCGUGCGCGUUCGCCGGUGUGGAUCUCAGGCUCAUACGGGAUGUCAGGACGUUGCGAACGAUAGUGCGCGGCGACCCGAUUGUGCCGGAGAGCUUCCCGCGGGCGAAAACGCUGGAGAACCUGCAGUUGAUGCGAUGUCCCCCUCCCUGCCAUGCAUGAGCAUAUGGCCAGUGCAACAUGCUACUAGAUUGACCCGCCCAGUGAUGAUGACCUGACCUGUUGUACCAUAUCACGUUUCCAUCGCCACGCCCACUUACGACCGCAAGUCUCAGCUUUUUCUUGCUCGCAUUCACUCAUCCCAUUCAUACCUGUUGCUCAUCAUCCAUCUCGACGACUGCAUCCUGCAAUUUUUCUGACCCUUACUGGACCAUCAGGCACAUGCGCCUCGUUAAUUAUCCUCACCCACUCACCCCGGAUCUCCACAUCCUACUUGUCACGUACCCCCCAUUGCCAUCC